AUGGCAGCCCAGGUGACACUGGAGGAUGCACUGUCCAAUGUGGAUCUCCUGGAAGAGCUGCCUUUGCCUGACCAGCAGCCCUGUAUCGAGCCCCCACCAUCCUCACUGCUCUACCAGCCAAAUUUCAACACUAAUUUUGAAGACAGAAAUGCAUUUGUCACUGGGAUUGCAAGAUACAUUGAACAAGCAACUGUCCAUUCUAGCAUGAAUGAAAUGCUGGAGGAGGGCCAAGAGUACGCGGUCAUGCUGUACACCUGGAGGAGCUGCUCUCGGGCCAUCCCACAGGUGAAAUGUAACGAGCAGCCUAAUAGAGUGGAAAUUUACGAGAAAACUGUAGAGGUCCUUGAGCCUGAAGUCACAAAACUGAUGAAUUUUAUGUACUUCCAGAGAAAUGCCAUUGAGCGUUUCUGUGGGGAGGUGAGGCGCCUGUGCCACGCGGAGAGAAGGAAGGAUUUUGUUUCUGAAGCCUAUUUGAUCACGCUGGGAAAGUUCAUCAACAUGUUUGCUGUGCUGGAUGAGUUAAAGAACAUGAAGUGCAGUGUGAAGAAUGACCACUCGGCAUAUAAGAGGGCUGCUCAGUUUUUACGUAAAAUGGCGGACCCACAGUCCAUCCAGGAAUCACAGAAUCUGUCCAUGUUCCUGGCCAACCACAAUAAGAUCACCCAAUCUUUACAGCAGCAGCUUGAAGUGAUUUCUGGCUACGAAGAGCUCCUCGCUGAUAUUGUGAAUCUGUGUGUGGAUUACUACGAGAAUAGGAUGUACCUGACACCCAGUGAGAAACACAUGCUUCUCAAAGUCAUGGGAUUUGGUCUAUACUUGAUGGAUGGGAGUGUCAGCAACAUCUAUAAACUUGAUGCCAAGAAAAGAAUAAACUUAUCCAAAAUUGAUAAGUACUUCAAGCAGCUCCAGGUUGUUCCACUGUUUGGGGACAUGCAAAUAGAACUGGCAAGAUACGUCAAGACCAGUGCCCACUAUGAGGAGAAUAAAUCUCGAUGGACAUGCACAUCAUCCAGCAGCAGCCCGCAGUAUAAUAUCUGUGAGCAGAUGAUCCAGAUCCGGGAGGACCACAUGCGCUUUAUCUCAGAGUUGGCGCGCUACAGCAAUAGUGAGGUUGUCACAGGGUCGGGCCGCCAGGAGACUCAGAAAACAGAUACCGAGUACCGGAAACUCUUUGACCUGGCGCUUCAGGGCCUGCAGCUGCUGUCUCAGUGGAGUGCUCACGUGAUGGAAGUGUAUUCAUGGAAACUUGUGCACCCAACGGACAAGUACUCCAACAAGGACUGCCCAGACAAUGCUGAGGAGUAUGAGCGCGCCACCCGCUACAACUACACUAGUGAGGAGAAGUUCGCCCUGGUGGAGGUGAUUGCCAUGAUCAAAGGCCUGCAGGUGCUAAUGGGCAGGAUGGAGAGUGUGUUCAACCACGCCAUCCGGCACACCGUCUAUGCUGCGCUGCAGGACUUCUCCCAGGUUACCCUCCGGGAACCACUCAGGCAGGCCAUCAAGAAGAAGAAGAAUGUCAUCCAGAGUGUUCUGCAGGCCAUCAGGAAGACCGUGUGUGACUGGGAGACGGGGCACGAGCCCUUCAAUGACCCAGCCCUGCGGGGUGAGAAGGACCCCAAGAGUGGCUUCGACAUCAAAGUACCCCGGCGUGCCGUGGGACCCUCCAGCACGCAGCUUUACAUGGUGAGAACCAUGCUAGAGUCCCUCAUUGCAGACAAAAGUGGUUCCAAGAAAACCUUGAGAAGUAGCCUUGAGGGGCCCACCAUAUUGGACAUAGAAAAAUUUCAUCGAGAGUCAUUCUUCUACACUCACUUGAUUAAUUUCAGUGAAACGCUGCAGCAGUGCUGUGACCUUUCACAGUUGUGGUUCCGAGAGUUCUUCCUGGAGCUGACAAUGGGCAGGAGGAUCCAGUUCCCCAUUGAGAUGUCCAUGCCCUGGAUCCUGACGGACCACAUCCUAGAGACCAAGGAGGCAUCCAUGAUGGAGUACGUCCUCUACUCCCUGGACCUGUACAAUGACAGCGCACACUAUGCCCUCACCAGGUUCAACAAGCAGUUUCUCUACGACGAAAUUGAAGCAGAGGUGAAUCUAUGCUUUGACCAAUUUGUUUAUAAACUGGCAGACCAGAUAUUUGCAUAUUAUAAGGUUAUGGCAGGAAGUUUGCUUCUUGAUAAACGUUUACGAUCAGAAUGCAAGAAUCAAGGGGCAACGAUCCAUCUCCCGCCAUCUAACCGUUAUGAGACACUGCUUAAGCAGAGGCAUGUGCAGCUCCUGGGCAGAUCCAUAGACCUUAAUCGCCUGAUUACUCAGCGUGUCUCAGCAGCCAUGUAUAAGUCUCUGGAACUGGCCAUUGGACGAUUUGAAAGUGAAGACCUGACAUCAAUAGUUGAGUUGGAUGGCCUCUUGGAAAUCAACCGCAUGACCCACAAGCUGCUAAACAGGUACCUGACACUGGACAGCUUUGACGCCAUGUUCCGGGAGGCCAACCACAAUGUAUCAGCGCCAUACGGGAGAAUCACCCUCCAUGUCUUCUGGGAACUCAAUUACGACUUCCUGCCCAACUACUGCUAUAAUGGCUCUACCAACCGAUUUGUUCGGACAGUAUUACCAUUUUCUCAGGAAUUUCAAAGAGAUAAACAGCCUAAUGCACAACCCCAGUAUUUACAUGGAUCAAAGGCUUUGAACUUGGCCUACUCUAGCAUUUAUGGCAGCUACCGAAACUUUGUGGGGCCUCCGCACUUUGAGGUCAUCUGCCGGCUGCUUGGCUACCAGGGCAUUGCAGUGGUCAUGGAGGAGCUGCUGAAGGUCGUGAAGAGCCUGCUGCAAGGCACAAUCCUGCAGUACGUGAAGACGCUGAUGGAGGUGAUGCCCAAGAUCUGCCGCCUGCCCCGUCAUGAAUAUGGCUCUCCUGGCAUCCUAGAGUUCUUCCACCACCAGCUGAAGGACAUUGUUGAGUAUGCGGAGCUGAAGACCGUGUGCUUCCAGAAUCUGCGGGAGGUGGGCAAUGCUGUCCUCUUCUGCCUGCUCAUCGAGCAGAGUCUGUCUUUAGAAGAAGUGUGUGACCUAUUGCAUGCAGCCCCAUUUCAGAACAUCUUGCCAAGAGUCCAUGUGAAAGAGGGAGAGAGACUUGAUGCCAAAAUGAAAAGACUAGAAUCAAAGUACGCCCCACUGCAUCUUGUCCCUCUGAUUGAAAGACUGGGGACCCCUCAGCAAAUUGCAAUAGCGAGAGAGGGGGACUUGCUGACAAAGGAACGUCUCUGCUGUGGCCUAUCUAUGUUUGAAGUCAUCCUGACUCGGAUCCGGACCUUUCUGGACGACCCUAUCUGGCGUGGGCCUUUGCCCAGCAAUGGAGUCAUGCAUGUGGAUGAGUGUGUUGAGUUUCACAGACUUUGGAGUGCCAUGCAGUUUGUCUACUGCAUUCCUGUGGGAACACACGAGUUUACAGUCGAGCAGUGCUUUGGUGACGGGCUCCACUGGGCUGGCUGUAUGAUCAUUGUACUUCUUGGGCAACAGCGGCGCUUCGCUGUCCUGGAUUUCUGCUACCAUCUACUUAAAGUCCAGAAACAUGAUGGCAAAGAUGAGAUUAUCAAAAAUGUGCCAUUGAAGAAAAUGGUGGAGAGAAUUCGCAAGUUCCAGAUCCUAAAUGAUGAGAUAAUUACUAUCUUGGACAAGUACUUGAAGUCUGGUGAUGGAGAAAGCACACCUGUGGAGCAUGUUCGCUGUUUUCAGCCACCUAUCCACCAGUCCCUGGCCAGCAGCUGAGGACAUGUACAUCAUGUUUUUGAAGAGUCCCAAUACUGACUGCAUUUAAUAACUAUAAGGGCAUGUUUUUCUUUCCAUAAACUAUUUAGUAAGAUUUUUAGUGACUAUUUUUCAGUAUCUCUGUGCCUGUUAAAGGGGGUACUUUUCAAUUUAAAAGCUUAAUUUUAUAAAAUUAUUUUUCUAGACUAAAAUUGUAUAUGCCUUUGGUAAUUAGAAAGUCUGAGAAUAUUAGCUGCUAAUUGUUGCCAUCAUGUUCUUACAGAAUUAUUUUGCAUUUUUCUAUGGAAUGUUCCAACAACUAGCUAUGUCAAAAUGCUGCUGAGUUCAUCCAUAUAUUCCUUAGCAAAGGAUCAGUCAUGUUUGGGGAAAGAUUUAUGGACUUAAGAAACUUAAUACCAGCUCAUUGUAAUAAAAUCCACUACCAAUUAGAAUUAAACUUAAUGCUUAUUUAGCUUUUGUUUAGGGAUUUUUCUGAUGGUCUUUUAUGAAUAACCUUUUCUAAGUCAUUGUUCCUUUUUUUGUGUCAGUGUUUCAGAAAAUAGUGAACUUGAUUCCUCUGCUUCUACUAAAUCCAGUUGUGACAGUC